CAAUUUUAAAAUAUUUUAUUAUAUAGUAAUGUAUUGAAUGUGCUUCUUUAUUAACAAACACAAUUAAAAAGUCUGUCAAGUCUAAGAAAUGCUGUGAUUUCAAACUGGAGAUGAUUAUACCCGAUGUUUGAGGCAUCUCCACAACUUUAAUGUGAUAUGAAAAUACCUCUGAUUUUACUAUAGCUUUUUUAUUUUACCUACCUUCUGGGAGACAGGAAAUAUUGAAGUCUGUUACAAGUCAGUGAAAAGAAAGGUGUAAUUUUUAGUCCACCUAAGCUAAUAAACCUUCCUGAAUUCUAUGAAGGGGUACUAGGACCCCUAGGUCAAGAACUCCUGGCUUAGAAAAACAAACCUGACUAACCACAGAAAUUUCUUGAUUGUUUACUAUAUACCAUAUACCAUGUGAGGCAUUGGGAACCCAACAAUGGACAAUGUGAAUCUGUUCACAAGGAGUGUCUAAUCGUGUAGUCAAGACUCAACAAACACAAGCAGCUAGAUACAGUGUGCUCAGUGUAUGGGAGUUAGCCCAAGGUAAAUGGGCACCUCAGGAUAUAUAUAACCUGAACCAUUCACUGGAGGGGAGUAGUGGUCAGAGAAGGCUUUCCAGAAUGAGGAACAUUAUUAGAUGUAGGCUCUGAACUUGGCCCUCUGCAUGGUGGAUAUUACAUCAGACAAAGUCUGGAGGCAUUUAAAUUAAUCCAGGUGGGAGACAAUUAUGGUAGUACACAGGAAGACAAUGAAUAUAAUAUUCUGGAGAUUGUGGGUCCCUGGUGACUGGAUAUAAGUGGCAAAGGAGGAUGGGGACAGCAAGAAGGGAGAUGUAGGGUAAUGAUCAAGUUUCUGACAUAGUCACCUGGUUGGGUGGUGGUUAUCAUUCACUGAAAUAGAACGAGGGCAGGUUGUUCAAGAUCAAUGGGAGAUGUGUUUAGCUUUUGGCAUAUUUAGAUGGAGGUGUUUGUGAGACAUCCAGGAAGUGGCUAUGCAUUUGUAUGAGUGUCUUGUUCAGGAGAGAGCGUGGGAGUUGCAGUAUGUAUGUAGGAGUGGGUGAGAUAACCCAGACAGCAAAGGGAGGGGAGGGGAGGAGAGGCCAGGGUCAGGAAUUAAGGAAGAUCAACUUUUUUUAAAAAAAGAUUUAUUUAUUUAUUUAUUUGAGAGGUAGAGUUACAGAUAGAGGGAGAGACAGAGACAAAGAUCUUCCAUCCACUGUUUCACAGAUCUUCCAUCCACUGUUUCACUCCCCAGAUGGCUGUAGUGGCCAGAGUUGGGCCUAUCCGAAGCCAGGAGCCAGGAGCUUCUUCCGGGUCUCCCACGCGGGUGCAGGGGCCUGAGCACUUGGGCUAUCUUCCACUGAUUUCCCAGGCCAUUAGCAGGGAGCUGGAUCAGAAAUGGAGCAGCUGGGACUCGAACUGUAGGCUUAGCCUGCUACGCCACAGCGCUGGCUCAGAAAAAGAUUAGCUUUUGGCCGGCGCCGCGGCUCACUAGGCUAAUCCUCCGCCUAGCGGCGCCGACACACCGGGUUCUAGUCCCGGUCGGGGCGCCGGAUUCUGUCCCGGUUGCCCCUCUUCCAGGCCAGCUCUCUGCUGUGGCCCGGGAGUGCAGUGGAGGAUGGCCCAAGUCCUUGGGCCCUGCACCCCAUGGGAGACCAGGAAAAGCACCUGGCUCCUGGCUCCUGCCAUCGGAUCAGCGCGGUGCGCCGGCCGCAGCGGCCAUUGGAGGGUGAACCAACGGCAAAGGAAGACCUUUCUCUCUGUCUCUCUCUCUCACUGUCCACUGUGCCUGUCAAAAAAAAAAAAAAAUAAAUAAAAAAGAAAAAAAGAAAAAAAAAGAAAAAGAUUAGCUUUUAAAGAGACAAGCAGAUAAAGAGGUCCUUGCAAACAAUGGGGAUGCUUACAGAGAUAUGAAAUAAACCAGGAAAGUAGAACGUCCUGCAAACCAAAAGCCAAGAGGGUGUCAAGGAGGAGACUCUCCAUAGUGUCAAUAAAGUAGAAUAAGGAAGAGUCUGGAGAGAGGGCCAUGGGAGUUAGCGCUGAGGAGAUCACUGAUGAAUUGCUUUUACAUGUAAACACUAGGAAGAUUCUUUUUUGCUGAAUUGGACUUUUAUCUGGAUUUUAAACUUUCCGUUAUGGCAGUUAGAAUGUCCAAGGGUCAUUUCCUUUUAGCUUUACUUUUCUUCUUACAGCUCCUUUAUACAUUUUGCUCAUGCUCCAGUGGUUUUCAUGCUGCAGUGGUAGUAGGCAGUCAUCUCAGCUUAAUGACUUUUAUCUCCAGCAGACUCUAGCUUUGUGUGUGUGUGUGUGUGUGUGUGUGUGUACAAUAGGAGAUAUUGUUACAGACAUUGCUUCUUGGUAAAAAGCCUUCCAGUCUAUUUUUUUUGUGUGUGGUAAAUACAAACACCAUCACUUUGGGUAGGCCUUGUUUAUGUGAGAACCUGACCUGCUGACAAUGAAUUUUCAAGUCAUCUGUCUUGCCUGGAGUGAAACUUCAUUUCUAGUCCAUAUGAUAAAAAUAUCAUGGAAGAGAUACAAAUUCUACACUGUAUUAUAAUUAUUUUCUUUCCUGAAUGUCACCUGCAUUUUUAUAUCAUCUGUGGGAGAAAAGUGAGAAGAUACUUCAGUUAAAUAAACAUGUGUUCAGUGCUGUGUGUGGAAAUGACAGUGUGCAGGCCUCAACAACGAUAGUUAUCCAGGCAGGAAGUGUUGAGUGCCUAGUCACUCCCUACCUUGUUUCAUCUCCAUUGUCCCAUCAGCCCCAAGUACACUUGACCUUGUCCUUUAUAUCUUAGUGCUUCUACCUAGUUCACACCUCCAUCAAGAUUUCUUUGGGUGGUUACAGUGGCCUCCUAACAGGUCUUCCCGCCUCUGUUGUCACUUCUCUGGUACAUCCUCUGCUCAGAAACCUGACUAACCUUUCAGAAAAUACAGAUUCAUGAGCUCAUGCCUAAGGAUUUUGAUUCAGUAGUUUGGAUAUGAAGCCCCAAAAUAUGUAUUUUUUAUAAAAAUUUCCCUUGGAAAUACAGACCUAGAUAUAUAAAUAGAUAGAUGGAGAGAGAGAGACACGUUUCCUUGUUCUGUCCAUGGAGAGGCCCAAGAAGCAAUGACACAUUACUCCAGGAACACACUGAGCACCCAGCAUUGAGUUUCCCAGUACCAUUCUCCAUAAACACCAGAACUCUGGGUGAAAAUGCCAAUCCCAGGCCCAGGGCAGGCAAAGUGCACAAUGGACCUUUGCUAGGAAGUACAGCAGUGCUCAAAGAACAAGGGAGAUAUUAAAAUAAUACAAGAGCCAAUUUGAAUGGACUGCCAGUGGUCACAUCUGGGGCCAUUUCAGCAUGAAUUAUAACCCAUUGAAUCAAGUAAGGCUCCAUGCACCCACAAAGCCUAAGUAACUCAGUGGGGAGAAGGGAGAGCUCCUCUUGUGUAGAAAGCCAGUCGUUCCAUAGAGAUGGGACGAUGGAGUUAGAAAGAUCAAUGGAUGCUGUAACUGGUGGUGAGGGUUUGUUGAGAAGCGUGCUAUCUACGUUGUCCCUCACCUCAAGAAACUAUUUACGAUGGACAGGAGGUAGUCACAGUGGAAUAACCUGGCAUGGCAGCCUGACCAGAUGUAGAGUUUGCAUUCCCAAUAAUGGACAAACCAAGUCAGUAAAGGGAACAAAGAAGGCUUCUCCCAAGUGGCUUUAGGUUCUGGAAUCCCUGCCCUGUGCUAGCACUGGGACUAGCCUUCUACGCACAGAUGGGAUCUGUUCCUGCCUUGCAUAAAAACCCCUGCUGGCUCCACUGCCUCUGGAAUGGGGCCCCAGCCUACCUCCUGCCAGCACUGUUCCCUUCCCUACUUUGCUCCCAUCACACCAUACCCUUGCAGUGACUCAGAUAGUCUCUAUCUGAAUAUGUUACUGCCCACUGCCUUGCUGCCUAGAAUUCCCUCCUAGGUGUCUCUAGGGGUAGAUGUGUGGACCACUUCAGUGCCACCACCUCUGUGAAGCUCUCCCUGAUUUCUGCAGACAAUAAAGCUCUUUGUUCUCCAUACCCCUGCAGCAUUUUCUCCAUACCUCUCUGAGAGCACUUCUCACAUUAUGCUCUAGUCAUCCCUCAGUAUCUGUGGGGGCUUGGUUCCAGGACUCAAUGGAUACUAAAAAUCCCACAGGGUCCAAUCCCUUAUAUAAAAUGGUAUAGUGUUUGCAUGUAACCUGUGUGCAUCCUCCUGUAGUUCUAGAUGACUUACAAUAACCAAUGCCAUGUAAAUGCAAUGUAAGAAGUUAUUAUGCUGUGUGAUUUAGGGAACAAUGAGAAAAAUAUUCUGUGCAUGUUCAUUAUAGAUGCAGUUUUUGUUUUCUGAGUGGUUUUGAUCCAUGGCUGGUUGAAUUUAUGGAUGUGGAAUCCAUGGACGUGGAGGGCCGACUGGGACUUUGCAUUUGUGUUUCUAUCCACUGUGUUCAUCCAGGCUCCCAGCCCUUCUGUGUCCUAGAGACAUGAAUGUGGGCAAAGCUGCGCGUCAGAGCGGUCAGCCCUGGGCUGCCAUCUGAUUCUACCACUAAUGACUUGUUCCCCAGCUUCUUCCUCCAGACCUCCACGUAGCUGACUGUGAGACUCCGAGUAAAUGAAGUGCACAAAGAGUUUGCAGAGUGAGCGGAAGUAGGACAUGAAAGAGAAAGAAACCUCACUAGGCCUCAAGUAAGGCCUUUUAUUUGUGUACACACAUGUCCAUACAAGUAUUUUACAGAUAUUUUCCCCAUUAAUCCUGCAGAAUAUCAGAGGUGCAGUCACAUAGCUGGUAAUUGACAGAUUCGGCUUUGAAUUCAUUUCUUUUUUUUUUAAAGAUUUAUUUAUUAUUUGAAAGUCAGAGUUACACAGAGAGAGGAGAGGCAGAGAGAGAGGUCUUCCAUCCGAUGGUUUACUCCCCAAAUGGCCGCAAUGGCCGGAGCUGCGCCAAUCUGAAGCCAGGAGCCAGGAGCUUCUUCCGGGUCUCCCACGUGGGUGCAGGGGCCCAAGGACUUGGGCUAUCUUCUACUGCUUUCCUGGGCCAUAGCAGAGAGCUGGACAGGAAGUGGAGCAGCUGGGUCUCGAACUGGUGCCCAUAUGCGAUGUCGGUGCUUCAGGCCAGGGCGUUAACCCACUGCACCACAGCGCUGGCCCCUGAAUUCAUUUCUAAUUGACUCCAAAGCCAUGUUCUUUUUGUUAUGAAAAAAAGGAAGAUGAGACAGAGAGAGCAUAAUUGCCUUAAACACAAAGCCCAUUAUGAAGAACGUAAAGCUAGAAUCACAGUCUCCAAAUAUUUUUGAUUGUUUACCCACCCACUCAGUAAAGCAAUUUUGAACACCUCCCAAUAUGGGAGCAUUUGCUUGUUUAUAAAUUAUAUGCUUGUACUGUGGAGCCAACAUAUUAUAGAACACAAAAUAGCAAUUUACAUAUGAAUUACAUUUUCUCAACACACCCCCAAAAUCAUCUCAUACGUCAUCUGUGAAAAUCUCUAUCCUAAACAAUAGGAAAAGAAAAGUGGAUUUGAGCAGUGGGAUUUGGGGAGAACCCUUUCUGGAAGAGGUGGCAUGUGGGUGAAUCUAGAAGGAUGUUUCAAGUCUAGCUGGCAUACGGAGUGGGGGAAAGCAUUGCAAGUCAAGGUCACUGUUCAAGUGCAGACAUGUACUGCGCAGUACAGGGCCUAUGCACUGAACAAUGAGUAAUUUGGCUGGAGAACAUAGGGAGAAAUAAUGACGUGGCUUACUUGGAAUGCCUGGCUCGAGCAGUUGGCCUUGUGAGCUAGAGGGUUGCUUUGUCUUAUCAGUCUCUUGUAGGGAGAAGAAGGACCCACUUAGCUAUCACCUGGCUGGUGACGGCUCAGGGGAAAACAAGAGCUAGUAGCAAUGGCUCUGGGAAAAGAAAUGUAAACCCAUGAGAAUGUCCUUGGUGACAAAGUGACCCUGGAGUUGGGGUGGGGUGGAUUUCGCAGAAACGUGUUAGGCGACGUCACCACAUUUGACUAGGAUAAAAACGCAAAUGUAGAAGGGAGCCAUCGAUGCUUUAAAACAAGGCAAUGACUGUAAUUGCAUCUAGUUUUUUUUUUAAUAUUUAUUUAUUUUACUUGAAAGAGUUACAGAGAAGUAGAGAAAGAGAGAGAGAGAGAGAAAGAAAGAGAGAUAUGUCUUCCAUCUGUUGGUUCACUCCCCAAAUGGCCAUAAUGGUCAGAGCUGGGCCCAUCCGAAGCCAGGAGCCAGGAGCUUCUUCCUGGUCUUCCACGUGGGUACAGGGGCCCAGGGACUUGGGCCAUCUUCUACUGCUAUCCCAGGCCAUAGCAGAGAGCUGGAUUGAAAGUGGAGCAGCUGGGACAGGAACCAGCACCCAUACGGGAUGCUGGCACUGCAGGAAGUGGCUUUACCUGCUAUGCCACAGCACCGGCCCCUGAUCUAGUUUUUAAAAAUGCUUUUUUGAAAAAGCAUGGACAGUGGGAGUGGGAGAUGGUGUGAGAAAACAUCAAGAUCAUUGGCAGGGAAGCAAGAAAGGAGACGGGGGAAGAGGCACAGGGAGCAGGAAUGGGAUGUGAGGAAGUAGGAGAGAGGGUGGAGGCAAAGGAGCUUAGGCUGGCAGGGAAGGUGGUGGUGCUGUGAGGGAACAAACAGGAGGAGCAGGUUUAUGGGCAGGAGGAUGGUGGCCUGUCUUGGGCGUGCCGAUCAUGAAAGGACUAUAGGCAAAUUGACUUUGGAAAUUAGAAGUGUCUAGAAGAGAUCUUGCUACUGUUUUACUUAACAUAUAUUUUGUGAGAGCUUUUCUAGGUGCCAGGCACUAUGUUAGGUGCUGGCAGGAUAGGAAUGUCUGUGUAUGGUGCUGCACAUACACACACACACACACACACACACGCCAUAAGCCCUGCCCUGGAGGCAUCCUGGUGAGAAGUGAGGCGUGGUGGGUGUAGAGAGCAGGGAGUACCUGUGGCAUGCAGCGUUGAGAAGCUUCCCAAGAGAGAGGAUGAUGGAGGAGUCUUUAAGCCUUGCCUUACACCCAGAUAAAACCCUGAUUGCGACUGGUCAAGUUGGGAAGGAGCCAUAUAUCUGCAUAUGGGAUUCCUAUAAUGUCCAGACUGUGUCUAUUCUUAAAGAUGUCCACACACAUGGAGUAGCCUGCCUGGCUUUCGACUCGGAUGGUCAGCGUUUAGCCUCUGUGGGAUUGGAUGCCAAAAACACAGUCUGCAUCUGGGACUGGAAGAAAGGAAAAUUUUUGGCCUCUGCCACCGGCCACUCAGAUCGGAUUUUUGAUAUUUCCUGGGAUCCGUAUCAGCCGAACAGAGUGGUUAGCUGUGGAGUCAAGCAUAUUAAGUUUUGGAUGCUGUGUGGAAAUGCCCUGACCGCAAAAAGAGGAAUAUUUGGCAAAACUGGGGAUCUUCAGACCAUCCUUUGCCUUGCAUGUGCCAAAGACGACAUCACCUACUCUGGUGCUUUAAAUGGCGACAUCUACGUCUGGAAAGGGCUCAAUCUAGUCCGCACCAUUCAAGGAGCACAUAGUGCUGGAAUCUUCAGCAUGUAUGCGUGUGAAGAAGGCUUUGCCACUGGUGGGCGAGAUGGUUGUAUACGGUUAUGGGACACGGACUUCAAACCGAUAACCAAAAUUGACCUCAGGGAGACAGAGCAAGGGUAUAAAGGCCUCUCCAUCCGGAGUGUGUGCUGGAAAGGUGACCGCCUUCUAGCGGGGACCCAGGACAGUGAGAUAUUUGAAGUGAUCGUGAGAGAGCGAGACAAGCCCAUGUUGAUCCUGCAGGGCCACUGCGAGGGGGAGCUCUGGGCUCUGGCCCUGCACCCCAAGAAGCCGCUGGCAGUGACAGGCAGUGACGACCGCUCCGUCAGGCUGUGGAGCCUGGCCGACCACGCCUUGAUCGCCCGCUGUAACAUGGAGGAAGCAGUGCGCAGCGUGGCCUUCAGCCCCGACGGGUCUCAGUUGGCGCUGGGCAUGAAGGAUGGUUCUUUCAUCGUCCUCCGAGUCAGAGAUAUGACAGAAGUGGUUCACAUCAAAGAUCGAAAAGAAGUCAUUCAUGAAAUGAAAUUUUCUCCAGAUGGUUCUUACCUAGCAGUGGGAUCCAAUGACGGCCCCGUAGACGUCUACGCUGUUGCCCAGCGGUAUAAGAAAAUUGGAGAAUGCAGCAAGUCCCUUAGUUUCAUCACGCACAUUGAUUGGUCCCUGGAUAGUAAAUACUUGCAGACGAAUGAUGGUGCAGGAGAACGGUUGUUUUACAAAAUGCCUUCUGGGAAGCCUUUAACAAGUAAAGAAGAAAUUAAAGGGAUUCCCUGGGCUUCCUGGACAUGUGUGAAAGGUCCCGAAGUGAGUGGAAUUUGGCCAAAAUACACUGAGGUUACAGACAUCAACUCCGUGGAUGCAAAUUACAAUAGCUCAGUGCUGGUGUCUGGAGAUGAUUUUGGACUGGUUAAAUUAUUUAAAUUUCCUUGUCUAAAGAAAGGAGCCAAAUUUAGAAAGUAUGUGGGCCAUUCUGCACAUGUCACAAAUGUGCGCUGGUCCCAUGACUUUCAGUGGGUGUUAAGCACUGGUGGGGCCGACCACUCCGUCUUCCAGUGGAGGUUUAUUCCAGAAGGUGUCAGCAACGGCAUGCUGGAAACCGCACCCCAGGAAGGUGGCACUGAUUCCUACAGUGAAGAAUCGGAUUCGGACUUAUCUGAUGUGCCCGAGUUGGACUCUGAUAUUGAACAAGAAACUCAAAUCAAUUAUGAUCGCCAGGUUUACAAAGAAGAUCUACCUCAGCUAAAGCAACAAAGCAAAGAGAAAAACCACGCAGUGCCCUUCCUCAAACGAGAAAAGGCUCCCGAGGACAGCUUGAAACUCCAGUUCAUCCACGGUUACAGAGGCUAUGACUGUAGAAACAAUCUCUUCUACACUCAAGCUGGAGAAGUGGUCUACCACAUUGCUGCGGUGGCUGUCGUGUACAACAGGCAACAACACUCGCAGCGGCUGUACCUGGGGCACGAUGACGACAUCCUCAGCCUGACCAUCCACCCUGUGAAGGACUAUGUGGCCACUGGGCAGGUUGGAAGAGAUGCUGCUAUUCACGUGUGGGACACCCAGACUCUAAAAUGUCUGUCACUGCUGAAAGGACAACACCAGAGAGGGGUGUGUGCGCUGGAUUUUUCAGCUGAUGGAAAAUGUCUGGUGUCGGUUGGUUUAGACGAUUUUCACAGUAUUGUGUUUUGGGACUGGAAAAAGGGAGAAAAGAUAGCCACAACAAGAGGACAUAAAGAUAAAAUAUUUGUGGUAAAAUGUAACCCACAUCAUGUGGACAAACUGGUUACCGUUGGGAUGAAGCACAUCAAAUUCUGGCAACAAGCAGGUGGAGGCUUUACCUCUAAGAGAGGAAUUUUUGGAAGUGUCGGGAAAUUGGAAACAAUGAUGUGUGUUUCUUAUGGACGGAUGGAAGAUCUGGUGUUCUCAGGGGCAGCUACUGGUGAUAUUUUUAUUUGGAAAGACAUUGUACUCUUGAAAACAGUGAAAGCUCAUGACGGGCCUGUGUUUGCCAUGUAUGCAUUGGAUAAGGGCUUUGUAACAGGUGGGAAGGAUGGCAUCGUGGAGCUCUGGGAUGAUAUGUUUGAAAGAUGUCUGAAGACUUACGCCAUUAAAAGAGCAGCAUUGUCAACUAGCUCAAAAGGUUUGCUUUUGGAAGAUAACCCUUCAAUUCGUGCCAUUACUUUGGGACAUGGACAUAUCCUGGUAGGAACAAAAAAUGGGGAGAUUCUGGAAAUUGACAAGAGUGGUCCAAUGACACUGCUUGUUCAGGGGCACAUGGAAGGAGAAGUGUGGGGGUUGGCAGCUCACCCCCUCCUGCCCAUCUGUGCAACAGUGAGCGAUGAUAAAACGCUUCGGAUCUGGGAACUCUCCUCCCAGCACCGUAUGCUGGCAGUUCGGAAACUUAAAAAAGGUGGUAGAUGCUGUGCCUUCUCCCCUGAUGGGAAAGCCUUAGCCGUUGGCCUGAACGAUGGGAGUUUCCUGGUGGUGAAUGCCGACACUGUGGAAGACAUGGUCUCCUUCCAUCACAGAAAAGAAAUGAUCUCUGACAUCAAAUUCUCAAAAGAUACAGGAAAAUACCUUGCUGUGGCAUCCCAUGAUAACUUCGUGGAUAUCUACAACGUACUUACAAGCAAAAGGGUCGGCAUCUGUAAGGGUGCUUCUAGUUACAUUACACAUAUCGACUGGGACUGCAGAGGGAAGUUAUUGCAGGUGAAUUCUGGGGCCAAAGAACAACUCUUUUUUGAAGCUCCAAGAGGCAAGAGGCAUGUAAUCAGACCUUCAGAGAUUGAGAAGAUAGAGUGGGACACCUGGACCUGUGUGCUGGGGCCCACCUGUGAGGGCAUCUGGCCAGCACAUAGCGACGUGACAGAUGUCAAUGCUGCCAGUCUUACGAGAGACUGCUCGCUCUUAGCCACUGGAGACGACUUUGGUUUUGUUAAGCUCUUCUCAUAUCCUGUCAAGGGACAGCACGCGAGAUUCAAGAAGUACGUGGGACACAGUGCACACGUCACCAACGUGAGAUGGCUGCACAACGACUCUGUGCUGCUCACUGUGGGUGGUGCCGACACAGCCUUGAUGAUCUGGACCAGGGAGUUUGUGGGGACCCAGGAGAGCAAGCUGGUGGACAGUGAGGAGUCAGACACCGACGCAGAGGAGGAUGGAGGCUAUGACAGCGAUGUGGCUCGAGAAAAGGCUGUGGACUACACCACCAAGAUCUAUGCCGUGAGCAUCCGGGAGAUGGAAGGCACCAAACCACAUCAGCAGCGGAAAGAAGUCUCCAUGGAAGAAAGACCACCUGUCAGCCGCGCAGCUCCCCAGCCUGACAAGCUCCAGAAGAACAAUAUCACCAAAAAAAAGAAGCUGGUUGAGGAGCUGGCCCUGGACCAUGUGUUUGGCUACCGAGGGUUUGACUGCCGCAAUAACCUGCACUACCUUAACGAUGGCACCGACAUCAUCUUCCACACGGCAGCGGCCGGCAUCGUUCAGAACCUCACCACAGGGAGCCAGAGCUUCUACCUGGAGCACACGGAUGACAUCCUCUGCCUCACCGUGAACCAGCACCCCAAGUACCGGAACGUGGUGGCCACGAGCCAGAUAGGGACCACCCCGUCGAUCCACAUCUGGGACGCCAUGACCAAACACACCCUCUCCAUGCUGCGGUGCUUCCACUCCAAGGGGGUAAAUUACGUCAACUUCAGCGCCACCGGAAAGCUGCUGGUGUCAGUGGGAGUGGACCCUGAGCACACCAUCACGGUGUGGCGAUGGCAGGAAGGUGCCAAGGUCGCCAGCCGAGGCGGCCACCUGGAGCGCAUCUUCGUGGUGGAGUUUCGCCCUGACUCAGACACGCAGUUUGUGUCCGUCGGGGUCAAACACAUGAAGUUCUGGACCCUGGCGGGCAGCGCCCUGCUGUACAAGAAAGGGGUCAUCGGGUCGAUGGAGGCUGCGAAGAUGCAGACGAUGCUCUCCGUGGCCUUCGGUGCUAACAACCUCACUUUCACGGGUGCCAUCAACGGGGACGUCUACGUGUGGAAGGACCACUUCCUCGUCCGGCUGGUGGCCAAGGCGCACACGGGCCCCGUGUUCACCAUGUACACCACCCUCCGGGAUGGGCUCAUCGUGACCGGCGGCAAAGAGCGGCCGACCAAGGAAGGAGGUGCUGUGAAGCUGUGGGACCAGGAGAUGAAGCGGUGCCGGGCCUUCCAGCUGGAGACGGGGCAGCUGGUGGAGUGCGUGCGCUCCGUGUGCCGUGGCAAAGGCAAAAUUUUAGUGGGAACCAAAGAUGGAGAAAUCAUUGAAGUAGGUGAAAAAAAUGCUGCUUCCAACAUCCUGAUUGACGGGCACAUGGAAGGGGAGAUCUGGGGCCUGGCCACACACCCGUCCAAGGACAUCUUCAUCUCCGCCAGCAACGACAGCACAGCCCGCAUCUGGGACCUGGCUGACAAGAAGCUGCUAAACAAGGUGAACUUGGGCCAUGCCGCCAGGUGUGCAGCCUACAGCCCUGAUGGGGAGAUGGUGGCCAUUGGCAUGAAGAAUGGAGAGUUUGUCAUCUUGUUGGUGAACAGCUUGAAAGUUUGGGGGAAAAAAAGAGACCGGAAAUCUGCUAUCCAAGAUAUCAGAAUCAGUCCUGACAACCGAUUCUUGGCUGUUGGUUCUGCUGAGCACACAGUUGACUUCUAUGACCUCACUCAGGGCACCAGUCUGAACCGCAUUGGCUACUGCAAAGAUAUUCCAAGCUUUGUCAUUCAGAUGGAUUUUUCUGCAGACAGCAAAUACAUUCAGGUGUCAACAGGAGCCUAUAAGCGCCAGGUGCAUGAAGUCCCCCUGGGGAAGCAGGUAACCGAAGCCAUGGUCAUUGAGAAGAUCACCUGGGCCUCCUGGACAAGCAUUCUAGGAGAUGAAGUCAUUGGAAUCUGGCCUCGAAAUGCGGACAAGGCUGACGUCAACUGCGCCUGUGUGACCCAUGCUGGCCUGAACAUUGUCACGGGAGAUGAUUUUGGGCUGGUGAAGCUCUUUGAUUUUCCAUGCACAGAAAAAUUUGCCAAACACAAGCGUUACUUUGGUCACUCAGCUCACGUGACCAACAUCCGUUUCUCUUAUGAUGACAAGUAUGUGGUCAGCACUGGAGGAGAUGACUGCAGUGUGUUUGUGUGGCGAUGUCUGUAAGGCCAGAAACCUCUUCCGUUAAUGCUGCUGCUACCACCCAGCAACUGCAGAGGCCAGGCACGGCCUCACCACUGGCUGCUGGGAAACGCCUACGAUGCUGCAGGGACGCACAAGCUCAGACUGCUGCUGGCGCUUAGGACUGCUCUCGUGAUCUGGACUCUCCAAGGCUGGGAUACCCGGAAGGUAAAGUUUUACAAUGUUGAGAUUGCUUGCCUGUUCCUGAAACUACUAACAAUGACACACACUAACUACACUGGCAAAGAAACCCUGUGUGAUAAUGUAGCCCAUUAACAAAAUUGAAAGCCUCAGUUCCCCUAACCAAGAUGUAGCUUUUAAUUUGCAUCAAAACUUUUACAAAAGAUGUUUUGCUAUUAUGUUUCUAUAUACUUUAUGAAUGUUCAUUUUUACAAGUUGGACAAGACAGCUUAAGUUCGAUGCACCUGAGUAUUCGAAAUAUCGACAGCCUGUUCUCCACAUUUAGCUUUCAAAACCAAAUGAGCCAUGUAUAAACAAGUUGAGAAACUUAAUUUUUUAAUGUUUCCUUUGCCGAGUUUUAUAUCCAUUAAGUGCCUUUGAAAGUUUCCAGUUGUGUGGGCUGCUGUCUCACUUCCCACAGAUUAUCUCUUUUCUACUUAUGGUGCUAAAAUUUCAAAACUGAGGAGGGCUACAGGACCCUUAGCAGAUAUAUCUAGUCUGUCACCCAUGUCCUAUGUUUAUGUCUUGGCUUCCUAAAUGAAAAACGUCACUUGAGCCCAGAAGGGAUCAGAAUUAAUUUUUGUUAUGUUUAGUGCCAAACCCCCAAAACCCAAAAUAUAAUUCAACUAAAACAAAGCUCUACUACAAAACUCAAGUUAAAAACAAAACAAACACACUCAGGUCCAGGUGGAUGAGCUGACUGGUCCUGUUAAAUCUGACAAUGGUAAUUAAUGAGGUGACCUGUGGUUAUGCCUUGUUUGGACUCCAUUGAUUUGCUACAAUUAAAACUAUGUAGGUUAACUCUGCAGACCAAACCCCUAAGCUCAAGGAGUAUUCGACACAAUUAUACACCCAAACAAAUCUAAGAGUUCCUCAGAAUUAGCUGUGUGACAGAAUGCAAGCUGCACACUAUUACCCUGACGCCAUCCUUAACCCCCUUUGGUCACACUUUCCAAGUAGCCCAGUUGCUGACGACAGGGCAGGGUGGAUGCAGCUCACUGAAAGCAAAGUUGGUGAGUGGACUGGUGGUUCUGGCACACAGACACCUUCCAUUCAAUGAACUAAAAUUCUGGAUCUUCAGUUCCUGGCCAUUUGCCAUUUUAGAAAAAAGGUAAAAUGAAGCAUUUCAGUAAAUAAUAGAUCAACAUUUUACCACAGAAGUGCUUCAGCAUUCUAAUGGAUUAGAUGACUCAUUAAGCUAUUUUUAUAUGCCAGUUUACUAAUGCCUUACAUUAAUCCACUAAUAGGUUGUGGGGCCCAUAGUAGAGUCCUUCUGCAGUCCUGUUUUCUGUAACCAUGUUACUGAUGACACUGAGUGAUAAUCAUGUCUGCCUAAAUAUAUUGUACUACUGACCUUUCAUACUGAUCCAGUCUCGCGCUGAAAUAACCAUAUGGAAGAACAACGAAUUGAUUGAUGACAUGUACAACUAUAUUUAAAGAGCAAUAGUGUCCGUGAGUCAAGAAACCUUCUUAAAUCUUAUUUGUAAGCAUUUAUAUAUGGUUUUGUGUAUGUUCAUAAAUCUGUACUGUAUUCUAUAUGUUUAAAUACUGGUGCAUGAAUUUAUUUUCACUUACUGUAUAAAAUGCCUACUGUAAAAACAUUUUGGUAUGUGUCAAAUAAAUUUGAUUAUGUAAGCAUGCUCUUUGUUUUCAAAGUAUCCAAAGUAAACACACCUGCACCAUGAGCCGAAAAUCUUUCCACAAAUACAAGGAACCACUCACUGGUUGAAGCAAAGUCUACCAGUUGUGUACACUUUUGAUCUACUGCAGUUUCACGAAACCAAAAUACCACAUACAUUUGAGUCUAUAAGCUUUAUUGAUACUUUGCUUUUACAAUUCACAAUGCAUUCCACAGAUUUAGUUCAGUACAGCUUAAACCACAACGGUAUAAGUCCAUUUUAUAAUAUCUUGCAUAACAAUGUUUGAUAUUUGCAAACAACAUUUUUGGAAGCAUUAGGUUCAGUCCACAGAUUCAGAGUUUGUGACAAAAUUAACUAAGUAAGUCGGUGCAAUGAAGUUUAUGUCAGAGUUCUAUGUGUAUGGCAUUGUCUCAUGUUGAAAAAGGAUGGUAGUGCUCCUAGAAAUAUAUUUUCUUUUUCUAGCUUAUGUGCUUUGGAACUACACAUGGUAACCAAUGACUCUGAAACAUCAAGCACUGUGGGGA